CCACAAGCCAGUUUUUUCCUCGUCAAGUGGUGGUCGUAAAAAAAAACGAUUGAAAAUUUUAAAUGCCAAUUGUAUAAAGUAUAAAAAACACAAAGCAAAAUGACGAAAACUGAUAAUGACUUGGCAUCAGAGAGCACACUUGAAGAGGUUUAUCUUGGGGUCUCAAAUUCAAUCUCAGCCCAGUGUAACAUGUUGCCAUAGUAACACUCCUUGCACAGUAUAAGGAUCUUAUAAGGCAAACAAAUGAAAAAAAACGCAUAUAAAUAUUGCAGUCUAGACACACAAGUUCAAUAGCUAAGGACAUAAAAUAAAAAAAAAACGAAACACAUUUCAAUACAAACAAUGGGAAUGUUUAAUAAUUUUUUAAGUCUCAUUAAAAUUAACAAAGAAAAAAUGACUGUUUUGGUUGUGGGUCUCAACAACAGUGGAAAAUCCAGUAUAAUACAGCAAUUUAAACGGAAAAACGAUACCAAUUCAUAUAUUUCCAUACCAACUGUGGGAUUUACACAUGAAGAAUUUUACAGUAAGCAUAAAAAUCCAAAUAAAAAUCACACUAAAGUGAAUAUUAAAAAAAUUACUUUUUUCUACUCAGGUCAAGGGGUGCAGUUUUCGGUGAUUGAUAUGUCUGGAGCAUGGAAAUAUCGAAAUUUGUGGCAGCAUCAGUUUAAAAAUUGUCAAGGUUUGAUUUAUGUCAUUGACGCCAGCGAUAAAAUGCGUAUGGUUGUGGUCAAAGAAGAGCUGGAUAUUCUGUUGCAACAUCCAGAUCUAGUGAAUCGGUCCAUUCCAAUACUGUUCUAUGGCAACAAAAGUGAUUGUGACAAUUCCCUAUCAAGUGUCAACAUAGCCUCAGCUCUAGAACUUACUUCAAUUUGUGACAAACCGUGGCAUAUUUGCUGUUGUAGUGCCAAAACUGGUGAUGGUCUGGAAGAGGGCGUGCAAUGGCUAAUACAACAGAUCAGAAAUCUAACACACAAAAAGGACAAACACAAGAAAAAAUAAAUUGAUUGUUGCUUAUAAGAAAUUAAGAUAGUCAAAUUAAUGUAUUUCACAAAAUAACUGUUAAUAGAAAUUCACGCAUGAACAAAACCAAUCAAAUGUUAACGUAUAACUAUUUUUUCGACAGUUACUUUACGUUGUAUAGGUUACGCGUUACAUCGUUGAUUAAUUGCGCUAAGGCAGG